CUGUUCUAGGUGCUCGGAGGCUGACGUCCACAGAGGGCAUUAGUCAGCUUGUUCUGUGGAUUCUGGUGGGAUUCGAUCAGUGCGAAGCACCAGUUGGAGACUAAAGUGUGAGACAGAGACUAGGCUCUUAAUUUCAAAAAACCUAAGAAACAAGCUAAUUAACAGAUAAAAUGGGAGACAAAAAUCACAUCAUAAUAUCAUGGGACUACAGGACACAGAUUUCUGCCUUACCUGAUGGAUUUGGCUUCGGGUCAGCAGAACAGACAUAGCCCAGCACCAAGGCGUCAAGCGGAGCCUCAGUCCUCGCUGUGGGAGGUGUAGAGGUGUGGUCUCACGCCAGCAAAGGGAGGAGUGCCAGGACUGGACAGGUGUCAAGGGUGACCUCUUCAUCAGCCUAACUGCUUGCACCUAACUCCUGCCUGCUAUCCCCGACCAGAGUCACCAUGCCUAGAGGUCAGAAGAGUAAGCUCCGUGCCCGUGAGAAACGCCGCCAGGCCCGUGGUGAGACCCAGACUCUGAAGGAUGCUGAGGCUACUGCAGCAGCAGCAGGAGAGUCCCCCUCCACCGCCUGUCCUCUCUCUGGGGGUAGACCUGCUGCUGCGACUCCUAGCCAUCCUCAGGGAACCUCAUCUUCCACCAGUGCUGAUGCAGCUCUUUCAUGCACCGAUGAUUCAGAUGAAGGUGCCAGAAGCCAAGAUGAGGGAAGCCCCAGAUCGUCUAAUAGUGCUGAGGUCUCAUACAGAGACCCAUUAAACAAGCAGGUAGUUUUGUUGGUGCAUUUCCUGCUGCAGAAAUAUCAAAAGAGAGAGCCAGUUAGGAAGGCAGACAUGCUGAAGCUUGUCAUCAAAAAGUACAAGUAUCAUUUCAAUGAGAUCCUCAAGAGAGCCUCUGAGCACAUGGAGCUGGCCUUCGGGAUUGAUUUGAAGGAAGUGGAUCCCAUCCGGCACUGCUACGCCCUCGUCAGCAAACUCGACCUCACCGUCGAUGGCACGAUGCAUGAAGAAGAGAACAUACCCAAGACUGGCAUCCUGAUGAUUGUGCUGGGUGUGAUCUUCAUGAAAGGCAACUGCGCCCCUGAGGAGCAAGUCUGGGAAGUCCUGAAUAUGAUGGGCGUCUAUGCUGACAGGAAGCACUUCAUCUAUGGGGAGCCCAGGAAGCUCAUCACCCAAGAUUUGGUGCAGUUAAAGUACCUGGAGUACCGCCAGGUGGCCAACAGUGAUCCUCCACGCUACGAGUUCCUGUGGGGCCCGAGGGCCCAUGCUGAGACCAGCAAGAUGAGAGUCCUAGAGUUUUUGGCCAAGGUUCAUGAUACCGUCCCCAGUGCCUUCCCGUCGUGGUACGAAGAGGCUUUGAAAGAUGAGGAAGAGCGAGCCCGAGCCCGAGCCACAGCCAGGGCUCAGACCGCUGCCAUGGCCAGUGCACGCUCCAGGGCCUUGACCAGCAGCUUCUCCCACCCUAAGUGACGUGGGCGGCUGGUUGAACAGGUUUUAUAUCAAAUGCUGAAGCUUGAAGCAGAUUGUUUUCUUUGUGGAAGGAAAAAGCAGUCAACAUUCUAAGGAAUAGAUGGCCAGGGUGUGUCUGGGAGGAACACAGUGAAUAUCGUCUUUGUGGUCCUGCUAUAUCUCGUAAACUUAAAGGUUUUGUUCCUUUUCUUUUUUCUUUCUCUUUUUUUUUUCUUUCUUCCUUUCACUUUCUUUUUCUUUUUAUUUCA